CAGUCGGUCAGAGAGACCUGUAAAAAUCAAAAGCUGGUCACCAGAGCACCAUCACCCAUCAAGACCCAUCACAUUCUCGAAGAGGAGAAACCCUGAGAAGAAGUGUCCCACCGUACUCCCUGUGCAAUUCUGGAGCGCUACGUGAACGCAGGAAUGGAAAAGGAUCUGGCUCCACCGGACUCGAUGGCUUCCGUCACCAUCAAGCCGGAUUAUCCACCCUCCGAGGUCUACUCUUCGGAACCACCACCAGCAUACCAUCGUCCAAAAAGCGUUUCGGUCCAGGUGGCAAAGAUCAUCGCCGUAACCGUCAUCCUCGUCUCCGUCGUUCUCGGCGGAUGCAUUUUGGCUUCCGCUUACAUAACGGCCAACGCCUCAUGCAGACACUUGGAGCAGGAACUCCAGCUACUGACCGAGUCCAUGGACAGAUACCAGCCUCUUCAGCCCGAAGCUUUGGUCCAGGACGAACCGAAACACAUUGAACCAUUAGAAGCUGAAGAAACUAAGGCUCCAGUUGUGAAGGAGACUCCGGAGGAAAACAACAAGGAAUCUCAAGAUUCUUCCGACGAGAGCAGCGAGAGUAGCUCGUCUGAAGACUCUUCAGAUGAGGAGGACCGUAUUCCAAUUCAGAUCAAGCUGCCGCUCCACUUGGACUUUGAUGACUUAGCCGGAACCAUGAUGGACAAAAACCAGAGAUCCAAAAUGAAUUGCGUCGUCGAAAAGAAGAAGGCUGAAGAAGUCGUUGACCACAAAGCCAAAACCGUAAGCCUUCCAUUCGGAGUGAACAUCACCACCGAUCCAAGGUACGAGAGGUUGAGCGGCGAGAGGAUCGCUAUCUUCUGCGAGAGCGGUAACUUCCAGAGGAUCGAACAACCACAACAGCAAGAACAGGAAGAAGAGCAAACCAUUAUGAUCCAACCAGUUAUGAUUCCGUUGCCAGCUGCACAAUUCCACACCCACAUGCCAAUGCAACAGAAACCCAUGCACCCAAUGGAAACUAUGAGACCGCCAAUGCCAAUCCCUAUGAUGCAACAGCAACAUCAACAACAGCAUGAACAGCAGCAGCAACCACAACCUCAAGGCCAAUUGCCUCCAAACCAAAUCCUCCACCACAUCGCCCAGCAAAUUAUCGCGCAGAAACUCCAGCAAGAAGCUCAGAGGGCUCAAGAGGAGGUCCAGACUAAUGAGGUCAGACCCGAUGCCGAUCAGCAAUCGAACGAACAGAGGAUCCAAAUCCAGCAACGCUUGGCCAGACUCCCAAUCCCCGAAGAAAUCCUUUCCCAACUUGACAGAUUACCAAACCGCGAUGUCAUUGUCGUCUCCCAUCACGAAAGCGAAGAAACGCCACAAGACAUGAGACUCAUGCAGCACCAAAGGGACAGCGCCCAAGGCAUGAACGGAAGACAAUCUUUCGCUAGAAGUGUUAUGCCUAUCAAUAUCCCGGUACCAAUGAUGCGACAAGAGCCAGAUGUUCGAGCUUCCGAGGAACCAAGGGAACACUAUUUACAUCCACGUUCCAUCAGAUCCGUAGAAGACUUUGUCCCGAAGUCCCAAAAGCGCGUCAAGAGGUGCGCUUGUGAUUGCGUCUGUUAAAAAUUAAAUUCGACCUAAAAGUAAAAAAGCGAAAUCGAAUAAUUUUCUUCCUUUUUUUGUAACAUUUUUAUUAUACAUGUUUUGUUAUUAUUUUUGGCAGAAAGGAACCAGAUAUAAAAAUGGAGCGUAAGAGUGUAAGAGUUUAAUUUUAUAAUCCGGACAACUAUUUGUUU